AGCUAAAUUGUUUUUUUAUUUCGAUUAUAAUAGCAAACAAAUCCAUGUCGGCCUUCAAAUUUAGAUGAAUCCAACAGCAUAGCGAGUUCACCAUCGACAAUCAAGAAUCUCGAAUCCAAGAGCAAGCGCAUUAUAAAAUUGUGUUCGAGUGAGUGAGGUACACAACAUUGUUCGAUCACCUGAUACCAAAGACCUAUCGUACGACAAACCACACGGAGUGCAGUAAUUGCGUGCAUUGUGCUUUUCAACGGUCAAAAAUGUUUCGAUACAACGCAAUUGAUCGUGACGAGGUGAAACGCUUCGAAACACCAUUCAAUGAGGACCUAACUGAGGUACAUCUGGAAGACACCUCGGUGAAUCCGUAUGGCAGUGAACCAUGGAAUCCGACCCACUGCGUGAUGCCCGCCAUGUACGCGGAAUACGCAGACCGUAUUCGAAAUCUAACGGUUUAUGAUGACGAUGUGUGGGUAGUGACAUUUCCCAAGGCAGGCACUACAUGGACCCAGGAAAUGGUUUGGUUGAUCCAUCGCGACUUGGACUACAAAACGGCAUCCGCCGUCAACCUAACCGAUAGAGCUAUCUUCUUAGAAAUUUGCGCAUUUUUCUCCAAAAUAGAAUUACCGGAUACCAUCUCGAUGGUCGACCGGAUGCCUCGACCUCGUCACAUCAAAAGCCAUCUACCAUUGGCGCUGCUUCCCAAACAGCUGUGGACUGUGAAACCAAAGAUUGUCUACACGGCCAGAAACCCAAAGGACGUUACCACUUCGUACAUGCAUCACUACAAAAAUCUGCACGCUUUCAAAGGCACCAAGGAAGAUUAUUUGGAUGGGAUCUUGGCUGACAGAAUCGUUUUCUGUCCCCAAAUCAAACACGCCGCCGAUUUUUGGCCUUUGUCUACCCGCGAUCAUGUACUUUUUUUGCAUUUCGAAGACAUGAAGAGAAAUCUUCCCGAAGUGCUGAAGAAAGUAUGUGCCUUUUUCGGAAAAUCCUAUACCCCAAGUGAGCUGGCGGAGCUGAAACAGCAUCUGUCCUUCGACAUAAUGAAAGAAAAUAAAUCUGCAAACAAUCAAGCAUUGGCCAACAAGCUCCAGGACUCCAUGGGUGUGAAUGCAGGAUUCCAAUUUAUGCGCAAAGGAGAAGUUGGUAGCUAUAAAAAAGAACUUCCAGAGGAGUUUAUCGCCAGGCUAAACGACUUAGUUGAGAGUGAGCUGCAAGGAACAACGUUCAAAUAUAGAGAAUGAAAACAUGGUUUUUUGAAAAUGAAAAUGUAUUAAUUGUGAUGGUGUAUUUACUGAUAGAUUUUAUGGGUACCCGACGCUCGUAUUCGUAAACGUAUUCGGAAAUGAUGAAAUAAAGCAUUAUAGAAGCA